GGAAGGUCCCCAGUUCUAACCAGAGCGGCUGUGAAGUAGACAGAACAGGAAGCUUUGCUAUUGCUGCUGCUUGACAGGGCAACCGCCGCAGAGAGAUAGUGAGCUGCUCAGUUUCACACAAACAGAAAGUGUUUGGAUUGGAGACGGAAUUUCCUUCUACGUCCAUUGAGGAGCAAAAAAAAAUCUUUAUCUCGAAAACCACGAAGAGGCAAGCACAAAAGUAAACUGUUCCCUGGCCAACUCUCUCUCUCUGUUAAUCGCUCACACUUCUUUUCCACAAGCACCUAAGACACAGGAAGGCAUUAGAAGAGCUUUCACACCUGAAUUCUGUUUCUCUCUCGUGCUCUGAAUGGGGUAUUUGGGCUGUUCACUCAGAACCCAUUAUUUCCCUGGCCGCUGUUUCUCCCUGAGGAUCUCUGUUAUGUUGCUGUUUAUAUAUUUCCAUGUGCUGACUAUUGCGGUGCCAAUUGUGCUCAGCGCUGACAACUUGGAGAAACUCACUGAUCUCUCGGAAAUUAAUCCGCCCGCAGACGUUCAUAUGGAGGAGAUUGAGUUGGGAGAGCUGUCCAUAUCUUGGAACAGUAACCUCAGUGAAGACAUCCACAAGAUGUUCUCGAUCAAUUACCAGUUUGAGUGGAAAUACAAUGAUUCAGUGACUUGGCAACCGGCCUCCAGAAUGGAAGACCCAGAGUACACGGACGAUUUUGAGUUGCACAGGGGAGUGGACAUGCAAGUGAAGAAUGUAAUCAUAGAGAAACCCAUUAAUUUUGAUUCCAUGGAAGCCGAAAGCAACUGGACUGAAAUGCAUUACCCGCCCGCCUCAGGAGAUCCAGAAACAGCGGCUGCCAACAUUUCAUGCAUUGUGUAUAAUAAUACAUACAUGAACUGUUCCUGGCAAAUUGGAACUAAGGCCCCAGAAGACAUUGUGUACUUUCUACACUACAGACAGGAUGAUGAUACCAGGAUUUGCACCGAUUACCUUAAGGAUGAUAGAGGAAGGCAUAUCGGCUGCCACAUUGUCAAUGGGAUUGAUACUGAAGUAAUUGUAAUUCUACUUGUCAACGGAUCAAGUCAACAAGCUGAGAUUUACCCAAUUUACAGAAUUUUUCAACCAAGUUCAUUUGAGAAGUUCAACCCACCUGUAAAUGUUCAAGUCGUGAAUCACACUGUGAAGUGGGACAUAUCUGACAAUACCUCAAUUACCAACCCGAGAUGCUUUGCUUAUUUACUGAAUGUCAAAGAUUGGACCAACAACGCUGAAAAGAAUAUUUCUGUCAACGAAAGAACAGAUUACAAACUUCUGGUCUACAUCCCGUCAAAGCGCUAUUCAGUGAAAGUCAGCCUCAGCUUACAGUUUUGUGGUGUCUCUCAAUUCUGGAGUGACUGGAGCAAUGAAGUGUUUAUUGAAGCAGAACACUCAGGAAGCUUUUCCAGUUCUCCGAUGCUCAUAUUACUUGUGGUGGUUCUGAACCUGAGUGUGCUUGUCAUUAUAUGUUUGUUGAAAAGGGUGAUAAAGAAAAUGCUCGUACCAGUUCCCGAUCCCCAGAGAAAGUUCCCAGAGUUGUUUGGAAAAUACAACGGUGACUUUCAGCAGUGGCUCGGUUACAAGGAACAGAUCUGGAUAGCGGCUGAGUGCACGACAGCUCCUAUUGAAGAAAACUAAAGUGACUCAAUGUGCAACUCGGUAGCCUGAGGUCGCUGUCCAGUGUGAAGGGCACUGUAUAAAUGCAAGUUGUUGUUGAGAUUGUUUCGUGCGGCCCAAAGUACGGCCUCCAAUGCAAUCCCCACCCUCGGCCCCAACCCACCCAGUGAUUGGGAAAUAGAGGUUCAAUAUUUCCCAAACAAAGGUGUGUUCAGCCAGGAAUCCAGGUCAUAGGUUUAACAGCUGAACCCAACUGGGCAAGUGUGGUAAAUACAGAUUAGGGGGAGGGAGAGAGGGACAGAGACACAGAGACACACAUAUACAAACACUCACCAUUACAGAGGUAGAAAGAGAGAGAGACACACACAGAGGCAGAGCUACACAUAAUAAUAAAUACACAUACAUAAUCACAAAGAGGCAAAGCAACACACGCACACACACACACACACACACACACAAAGGCAAAGUAUUGCAGAAAUCUGGUAUUAAACACAGUCAGAAGUGAGAAAAAAGCCUCAAAAGUCAUUGACUUAAGAUUGUUUAAUUUUUUUUUCAAUGCACAGUUGUGGGAAAGUCAGCAAAAGACUAGAAUCCACCCGUGGAACUUGUUAAGAAAUCUUUAUUAGAAAUAACGCAGAUUAGCACCUCCCUUUAUCACAAGAGGCACCUCUACCUUUUAAUGACUCCUCAAUCAAUGUGAAGCUACUUCUGCAGACUGCUGUGAGCCGCUCUACUUCUUACACUUUGUCACUUUUUAUGUUCAUCUCAAUGUUUGUUUAAAGAACUAUCCGUGUUGUUGACAGUGAAUAUAUACAUAGAGUACACAGUGAAAUUGUAUUCCUCACAUGUCAAAAGUUGUAUUUUUUUGUACCGUUUGCUCCUGAGAAAGAUUGCAUCUCUUUUUCUAAGCUGUGAUAUAAAGUUUUGAAAAUGUAUGACUGUACUGUUAAAUUGUUUGUGCCUGUUCAGGUGGACAUUAAAGAUCCACAACGCUAUUUAAAAA